UUGUAGACAAAUAGUUGAAAUACCAAGGGGUAAUAUUCGUGAGGGAUGGACAAAGUUUUAUUAACAAUCACGUAGCCUCAAGAAAGUUCCACGCUAAUUCUUUUGAACAAUUAGUCAGUUCAAUGGCCUAUACAACACUGGCUUGACAUUGUGCUUUGAUGUGGAGCGCUACGUGUUAUAGAACAACACAAGAUUUACAGUCUAACAAAAAGUUUGGAUUAACCGGUGACACCACAACACUUACUGUGACCCCUCAAGAACAAGCAGGAGAAAUCUCGAUUGCGAGUUGUGAUCAGGGUUAAAUUCAACCAAAAUGAGUGCCCAAUUGGGAAGAGAGAAGUCAAGAAGUUUAAAAUCAGCGGUGCUUAGUGGAAGUUUUGACCGCAAAAUGCGAGCUGAGACUUUGAACGCGCGAGAGAAUGCACGACUCGAAAAGCAGCAGCGUGAUAUCGAUCUGUUUAAGAAUAACACCGAGAAAGUACACACGGCGGAGAAAAACAAGGUGCAAUCACGAAUGCAAAGUUUGCGGAAAACUGUUCUUAGCAGAACACAAUCGAAUGAGAGUUCGUCAUCAUCGACAGCAAGCUCUAAGAUGGACGGUGAAUGUGUUCGUUUUCCGAGGCUUCCAAACUCGACGGAUACCAACAGUAAAUUGUCGAUAGAAAUCUGUACGGAAAAUAUCCGAACUGCUCCGGAGUUGCAUUUGGUUAGUGAAGUAAAUGGACAAAUACUGACUCACCUUCCCUCGAUAAUGGACACAAACAGCCCUGGGGGCAGGCGAAGGACUCUUGUCAAGGAGAACAAUGACAGUUUGAAUAUCUUUGCUGGCCGUAGACGAAGCAGAACUCAAUCGCAUGGCGUUGUGGAAGAUUUAAAACUUCCAUCAAACCGGAUUGCGCUUAAAUCAACAGUACAAGAUUGUUACGGGACACCUCUUGCGAGCCGCAGAGGUCUCAAAGCGGUAAAUUCUCUCCCGCUAAAAGGACUUAGUAACAAUUUGAACUCGCGGAGACGAAGUCUCAGCACAGGUGAUAUGACUUUAGCGGAGAGAGUCAACUCGUUUUUGGAAAGUAUCGAAACUUCGCCCCUGGUCGGUCAUUCGAGGGGUAGUCUUAGCAGCUCUUGUUCAGAUGAUGAAAAGUAACGUACUUGAAAUAUGAAGUAACGUAUAAACUAUGGAACUUCUUUCUCAUCGAUUCAUAUAAAUUGUUUAAUUGUGUAGGAUACAUGCUUGGAAAAGCUAAGUUUAUUAGUAAACUAGAAUGGUCAGUUUGUCCGAGUUUCCAGACAUUAGUCAUCUAGAUAAACAGCUGUAAGAUUAAGUACUUCUCCUAUCGAAGCACUAUUAAAAUUGUAACAGUAUAUGUUGUUCAUUCUUUUAUUAAAACCUUACUACUGGAGGUUUAACCUUCGUAUAGUAAGAGAAAGGAAUGACUGACAAUACCUAAAUCCUAAGAACUGGUGAAUAUACUUAACAGAAUCUUGCACAACUUCCCUCAAAAACUUAUUUGUUUCCUAUCUCUGAGAAAAAGAAAUUAACGGGAAUUUUGUGCAUUAAAUGAAGACCUAAACAACAAAAAUGCAAUCA